GUCAUGUCUUAUCCGUGAUGUCAUUUUACAAUUUAAACAAACGCAUGCGGGAGGAUUUGAAGGUUAACCGUUAAAAUAAUCACUAUGUCAUCUGCACACGAUAUUGUUAAAGAGAAAUUUGGAACGACAAAAGAUGGAAAAGAUGUUUACAAAUUCACACUGAAAGCAGGAAAAAUAUCAGUGAAUAUUCUUAACUUUGGCUGUGUAGUAAAAGAUAUCUUGGUACCAGAUCGAAAUGGAAAAGUAGUAGAUGUAUGCCUUGCAUAUGACAACUUUGAUGGAUAUGAAACGAAUCCAGCAUUUAUGGGCGCCAUAUGUGGUAGAGUAGCUAACCGUAUAGAUGGUGCGACAUUUGAACUUGACGGUACUAAGUAUGAUGUUUCAAAGUGUGAUCCGCUACUAGGAAACAAUUUUUGUCAUGGAGGUUUCACAGGUCUAACAAGGAGAUGCUUUGAUUGGACAAUAGACGGUACAAAACUCCGCCUCCAGUACGUUGACACGGAUGGUUCGGAGGGAUUUCCUGGAGAUGUAACUAUCACCGUGACGUAUGAACUAACUGAAGAGUCCGGUCUCAUGAUUGAUUACAAGGCAACAACUAACAAGCCCACACCUGUAGAUAUAUCAAACCAUUUCAUGGUGAACCUUUCCGGACAUGAUGGUGGAUAUAUUGGUGAUCAUGUAGUGAACAUGAAUGCAUCGCAAUAUCUGGAAUUCAAUGAAAACUUUAUACCAACAGGAACGAUAACUAAUGUAUCAGGAACAAUGUAUGACCUCCAGAAACCAACAGUCCUUAACGAUGUUCUUGAUAAAAUGCCUGGCAAGGAUGGUCUCCACUUGGCCUAUAUCUUACCUGGAGCCAAAGGGGAGAAGAAAAUGGUUGCUAAGGCGGUUCACCCAGCCUCGGGGCGUUUUAUUGAAGUAUCCACUACCGAACCUGCGUUUAUUGCAUAUAGCUGUUUCUACUUAGACUUCUUGCUGAAAGAUUCCAAAUGCAAGGACGGUGUUGUAUAUAAAAAGAGUGGCGGGAUUUUGUUCAUGCCUCAAGGCUAUCCAGCUUCUGUUAAUGUACCAAGUUUUCCAAGUAGCAUAUUGCGCCCUGGUGAGACAUACCACACAACUUCAUGGUAUAAAUUUGGAGUGACCAACUGACAUUUUUGUACAUAUCAUAUACACGAUCAAAUGAUAAUGUUUUUUUUACAUAAUAUGUAAAAAAUGACAAUAUCAAAUAUAUUGUUUCUUAGUAAGUCAAUAUACUAAAGAUAUCCAAGAUAUUUUUGCCGAGAGGACAUUUUUACUCAUAAUUAAGAAAAAAAUUAAGUAUCACGAAGAGCUGGUAUUAAAUCAUUAGUAAAAGCUAACAUUUCUUGUAUAUGAUCUAAAUAAACAUUGAUAUGACUAAAAAGUAAGAAAAAACCCUACAAACAAACAAAAUAGAUGUUUUAUUCGACAGCUUAUGAAGUACUUUAUGAAAUUUUGGUUUAUGAUCUAUGGUCACAAGAAUUUCAAUAAACAAGCG